AUUGGGCCUUUGGGUGGAGGAGAGGGCCGAACCCCUUCAAGCAUUUCGAAGGAAACGCUCAAAUGCUGUCAUUUCCACGCAGGUUCGGUGGUCUCGCUGGUGGUUCUCAUGGCAGAGCGAGUGCUGGAAGAGGAUGUGGCACAGGAGAGGAGAGAGAUGGGAGGAAAGAGUGUGCGGGCACAAAGAUGGAUACAACCAUGCGUGAAACAGGCAACACAUCGAGAGCCAAAGAAGUGGGUACGGUCUGGACCGACAAUUCCAUCCAGGGCAUGUAAGACACAAAACUCUCCUGAGAAUGCAGCGAGAGAGAGGAGUCGUGUUCGGAACCUUAGACAAGCUUUCCACAGCCUGCAGUCUGCUUUACCCUCCGUCCCUCCCGACACAAAACUCUCCAAGCUGGAUGUCCUGGUCCUGGCCACCAACUAUAUCGCCCACCUCACCGAAAUCCUGGACCAUGGUGGGAUGUUGGGGGACCAUACCAUCCUGCAGAGAGCAGAAUAUCUGCAUCCUGUGAAGAAAUGGCCCAUGCGUUCUCUUCUGUACUGUGGGAACAUAGGAGAGCGACUGACAGAAGCACAGAUCAAUCAGGAGGCAUCUUGUCUGGCUAAGGUGAAUGCAGACUAAUGGACUGAGAAGAUAUUACUCAUCAGUUGUUGGAUUGAUGCAUGUUAGAAAUGGAUUUGAGCACUUUUUUUUCUGUUUUGUAAAUAUGAUCCCUUUUGACCACACAAAUACUAGAUAUUUCCACAUAAUUUUCCUUUUAUUUUGAUUAAACCCUAGUAUAUAAUUGUGUUUAUUAUUCCACAUUUAUUCUAUAGUUGGUUGUGAGAGAAAAUAUUGUCUGUGGUUACAGACAUCAUGCCACAAAGGUUUUCAAAAGAUUUUAACUCGUAUUAUUAAAGGGGUCAUCGGAUGCGAAGUUCACUUUUAUAUGUUGUUUGAACAUUAAUGUGUGCUGGCAGUGUACGUACACAUCUACCCUAUAUUGAUAAAAAUCCAUGCAGUUUUUUUUUUAUUAAUCUGUAAAAAUAAUAUCCCCUUUUUCAAAUCAAGCCAUUCUCAGAUCCCCGCUCCCAUGAUAGUUGAUUGACAUGAGCGUCUUACUUCAGACCCGCCUUAAAUCAGCUGUAACUGUCCGACCUCCAUUGUUUCAAUGCCGGAGCAGUUAGACAAGAAUAUCUCCGAUUGAGCGAUUGAGGUGUUGUGUUGCUGGAUGUAAUAAUGAACAUAGUGGUCGUCAUUUACUCCCGACAUCUGAGCCGCUGAAGAUGCAGUGGAUUAUGUUU